AUGGCUAUUGAUGGGGGUUUCAGUCUUCAACUUGCGUUUGAGACGUUUUAUGAACUUUGCCCAAAGGUGGCAGCUUUGCCUUUUCUCAUUUCGAUUACCAACAAGGGAGGAGAAGUGGUGGAUAACGAAGAGGUGAUUAAUGCUUUGUCUGAUGUGUUUCUUCACCCGGAGUAUACAAUUCCAUUGGUUCAUUGCUUCCUUCCCAUACUAAGAAGGGUUGUAGAUAGAGUGGUGGGUCUUCUUCGUUUAGUGGGUGAUCUAAGCUCAAGUAUUGACUACUCGGACGAUGGGUGGUCAGUCUUGGAAAAUGCCAUGAAGGAAGGUGUUAGUGUGAUUGAUUUUUAUGUUCGGCGUGGACAAAGGCUGGAGCUUCAUGAGUGUGCUUGCUUGGCCUUCAGUCGUGCUCUUCAUUUAAAUACGACUUUGCUAGGGUAA